AUGGGGUCAAUCUCGUCUCCUGGCUGGAGGCAGCUGGACGUCGCCGUUGUUGGCGGUGGGAUUGGAGGAAUGUCCGCGGCAGUCGCCCUCCGCCGUGCCGGCCAUAAGGUGUCUAUUUACGAACGUGCCGAUUUCGUUGGUGAAGCUGGUGCAUCUCUCUCCUGUGCAGCAAAUGGUACGCGCUGGCUCCAUGAGUGGGGUGUAGACGUAGCCAAAGGCGAUGGGGUCAUCCUACAAAAGCUCAUCAGCCGCGAUUGGACGACGGGCAAGAUCUUGAGUGUGUAUGAACUGAGUGACUAUGAGGAACGGUGGGGGUAUGUAUACUACAUGUUUCAGCGACAGCGUAUGCACAGCAUGAUGAAGGAUUCGGCAUUCGGAGAGGGCCAAGGGCUACCAGCGAGGCUGUUUAUAAAUCACAAGUGCCAGAGCAUCGAUUUUCGUACCGGUUUAAUUGAAUUUGAUAACGGAGAAACAGCCAACCAUGAUCUCAUUAUCGGCGCGGAUGGUAUCGGAUCUGCUGUUCGUGGUAUUCUCGGUAUCUGGCCUGAUAAACGGCCCGCCGAGUCCAGUUGCUUGCAUGCUAACGUGGUCACUGAAGAUGCGAUCGCGGCCGGCCUCGUUGACUUCUCUGAAGACAAUGCGCUGCAGUUCUGGGGCGGCCACGGGGAGGCCUGGGACAAAAUCGUUCUCUCUCCAUGCCGAGGAGGCAAGUUGUUGUCUUACUACUGCUUCUUUCCGCGGGAGAAAGGCGACUACGUGAAUCAUGCUUGGGGGGGACAUGAUCGGUCAGUGGACGAACUGCUCGCGCCAUACCCUCAACUUGAUGCGCAAGUCCGCGGGCAUUUGGCUCUUGGCAAAGAAAUUCAGCCAUGGCGCUUAUGGAUACAUGAGCCGUAUCCGUACAUUACAAGAAACAUGGUCUGCUUGCUAGGCGAUGCAGCUCACCCAAUGAUGCCUCACCAAAGCCAAGCAGCCUGUAUGGCACUCGAAGACGCAGCUGCCUUAGGUAUUCUGUUCAGCAAGAAAUAUUUCAAGGGAGAUGUGUCUGAGUCACUAUCUAUCUAUGAGGCAGUUCGUCUCCCAAGAGCAACCAAGGUCCAGGCAGCAGCUGCGAGAGCCUCAUACAAUAUCAACGAGCGGAUCGGAUUUUCCAGCAAUAUUCAUAAUCCAGUCUACACGGUGAAGAGCGAGCAAGAGAAAUUGACUAUUGAAGAGAUGAAUGCGUGCGUCUCCCGAUCCCUUGAACCGGGCUAG